AUGAUGGUCAAAUUGUACGAUAAUUUUUCCGAAAAGAAUAUGCGCAUGAGCCGUGACCUGGAAGGAACAGAAGUUUCACCUGUUAUAUGGGGUGAACUUUAUGACUUGGUAGGCCGAUUUUCGAAAUCAUUGAUGGCACCAUCAGAUUACCGAGGGGGGAACGACGUUUUCGAUUUUCAGACAAAAAAUCGUUUGGAAUUCGAACCAUGUAUGGUCUGCAUUAUUCUUCACCUGCAACAUAUUAGGCUAAAAUGCAACCGGCUUACAAGUUUACUAGGAAUGUUUGAUUUGUUCUCAAUGUCAGCUAAAUAACACGAAUGGUUUCAUACUACUUUAAAAAAAAAAAAGGCA